AUGUCCCCCAGCACCCACGCCUACUGGCGGAAUGCGCUCUUUGCCCUGAGGCCGCUAGGAAUGAGCCAGGAUGAACCCCUUCCCAGUCUGCAUCUUCUCCAAAUGCAGUGGGGCCUGCAUCGCCUCACUGCCCUCUGUGGAGGGGCCAGCAUCCCUAAGCCCCUGAACCCAUACUAUGACGAUGAGCGUGAUGAUCAUAGCGAGCUGGAGUUUGAUUAUCUCGACUCUGACGAUUGA